AUUCUAGAAAUUUGUGUAUAAAUCUGGUGCAUUUUGAAGUGAGUUCGUGCUUUUAUAAAGGUUAAAUACAACACAUUCCAACGUGGUAUUCAGUGAAUUGGGUCAUGGUGUACAAUUUGUCCGUUUCUCAAUAAUAAUCGAUCCAAGACAAAGCAUUUUAAACCAUGGAGGAGAUAAAAAAGGAGAUUAAUUUGGACUCCAUACUGGAGAGUUUGGGGCCGUAUGGCAGAUAUAAUCUGUUGAACUUCGUGCUACUUCUAUUCCCAAUCCUACUCAGCAGCUUCUUUGAAUGCGGAUUUAUAUUCGAAGCUCAAGAACUCAAUUACAGGUGUGACGUAAAUGGUUGCGAACAACGCUUCAACGACACCUCAUGGAUCAACUACGCCAUCCCGACCAACCAAAUCCACAACAAACCAGAAUCUUGCAUGAUGUAUGUGCCACUGAACAACUCAGAGUUCCAAUGUUUACCUCAAAACUUUGAUUUGAACAAAACAAUGGAAUGUGACAAAUUCGUCUACGAAGAUGAACAUUCACUAGUAAAAGAGUUCAACCUUGGCUGUCAGGAAUGGAAGAGGGCUUUGGUUGGGACCAUCCACAACUGCGGGAUGUUCGUUGCAAUGUUGUUCACUGGCGCCAUCUCUGAUCGGUUUGGAAGAAAAAUGGCUGUCGGCUUCGCGGCUACUACCAGUUUUAUAUUCGGUUUCUCGAGAUCAUUCGCCCCUAAUUACCUAACCUAUGUUGCAUUGCAUUUCUUGGAGGCGGCGUUUGGAGGCGGAUUGUAUCCGUCAGCUUAUGUGUUUAUUAUCGAGCUGGUCGGCCUUAAGCAGCGAGUUAUAGUAUCCGCCAUGUGCAAUAUGACCUUUGUCAUAGGCGUCGUACUCAUUGCCCUUCUUGCUUGGGUGGUCGAAAGCUGGCGUACCUACAUCCUUAUCUUAUACUGCCCAGCAUUAAUCGUUGUCAUCUACAUCUGGUUCAUGAACGAAAGUGCCCGCUGGCUCCUCAGUAAAGGCAAAAGGGACAAAGCUGUCUCCGUACUUAAAAAAGCAGCCAAAAUCAACAAUUUGGAUCCGAGGAAACUUGAGCUGGACUUCUUGGGUGAUCCUUUAUUGAAGGCUGAGAGUCAGACGACGGAUAAGAAGUCACAGUUAUCAAAAGCUAUACGUUCUAGCAUAAUAUGGAAAAGACUGAUGAUCUGCUCGUUUCUGUGGAUGACGUGUUCCCUGGUGUACUAUGGGCUGUCGAUAAACUCUGUGUCUUUGAGCAGUAAUAGGUACGUCAGCUUUAUGCUGGUGACGUUGGUGGAGAUUCCAGCGUAUAUUGUGGUUGUGAUAGUAUUGGACAAGUAUGGAAGGAAACAGACGCUGGUCGCCACAUACCUUACUUGCGCGUUGAUGAGUUUGCUGUUCGCAUUCUUGCCAAGAAAUGAUUACUGGUCCAUACCCUUGUACCUGAUCGGAAAAUGGAGUGUGACCCUCGCCUACAGUUCCGUCUACAUCUACGUGUCUGAAGUGUUCCCCACAAAUAUGAGGCAAACUUUGAUAAGCAUGUGUUCCAUGGCUGGAAGGAUUGGUUCGCUUAUAGCGCCAAUGACGCCAUUAUUGUCUUUGUACCACAAAUCGAUGCCGACAGUAAUCUUCGCAGCUAUGUGCCUCAUAUCCAGUACCCUGGUGUUAAUGCUCCCGGAGACCAGGAACAUGAGGUUACCAGACACGAUCGAGGAAGCAGAGGCACUCUCCAGAAAGAGAACCAAGAAUUGAGGCUGUUCACCCAUUAAUUAAGUAGGUAUAACCAAAAUUGUAGAAUAAUCAAAUAUUAAUCUUAUUCCAAUUACUCUUAAAGUCCAAAUUUGAUAAAGACAUUGUGGUAUAGAUGCAGCAUAUCAAGCUACCCUAAACUGUCGAAACUUUUUAUUAGAUUUUCAGUCGUUUCUCCAAGUACUAAAGUUGUAAUUCUAUUGACAGAUUGGGAUAGCUUAAUGUGCUAGUGUAGGUACCUUUUAGACUAAGCCUUGAAAAAUAUUUUGUAAAAAAAAUGUGAUUCCUUGUUUUUGUGUAACCAAACUGUGUUUUGUUUUAAUAGUGGAUACUUAAUUCGUACGAUAUUUGGCGAAAUUUAACCUUAUAACAUAUGAGGAUAGAAAACUUAAAAAUAUUACUUACAGUAACGAACUUAAGGUAUACUUUUGUAUGUCUAGG